GAGAGAGAAUGGACCGAUCCUCUCAUCGGAAGCCUUGAAUUAAUGCUUUGGUGAUUCCUGGCUCGGCGACGAGCGAUGGACGCGAGGCUGAUGGGGCUCGACGGCCCUCUGAUGUCGACGCUACACCACCUAGUGGACCUCCCGGGCGAGGUGGAGAAGGCACUCAACGCCCCUACUCGGACCUACGUCCGCGACGCCAGGGCCAUGGCGGCGACGCCCGCCGACGUGAAGGAGCUCCCAGGCGUCUACGUCUUUGUCGUGGACAUGCCUGAGCUCAAGCCCAACGAGAUCAAGGUCCAGGUGGAGGACGACUGCAUGCUCGUCGUCAGCGGAGAGAGGCGCCGGAAGGAGGAGGAGGAGGAGGAGGAGGUGAAGUACCUGAGGAUGGAGCGGCGGAUGGGCAAGUUCAUGCGCAGGUUCUCGCUGCCGGACAACGCCAAUGCCGACGUUGUCAGCGCCACGUACAAGGACGGGGUGCUCACCAUCACCGUCGAGAAGUUGCCGCCGCCUGAGCCGAAGAAGACGAAGACCAUCGAGGUCAAAGUUGCGUGAUGCUGUCUUAAUGCGCCUGCCGCCGGUCGACUGUUUCUCUGCUUGUGCUUGUUACGUGUCUCCUGUGGUUCCCUUUUGUCGAUGCUAA